AGGGGAGAGGGAGGAGAGGAGAGACAGGGAGGAGGGAGGGAUUCUGGUGAAGCCGCGGAUAUUCAUGAAGACGGCAAGUGUUUUUUUUUUUUUUUUUUUUUUUCUCUCUCGCACCGUGGUGACACACUGAUCGUCUGCAGAGAGACGGAGGCAGCGGGGAAGGUGACGAGUGAAAGCAAGUAGACGAGGUCCAGCCCAUCUCUCCAUUGAUCUUGAGGCGAUCAAGGGAAUCUACACUGAAGAGGACACACUGAGAAAGAUUCAAGGAUGUAUCCCAGCAUAUCAAACCUGGUUUCUGACAUUCGGACUCAUCUCUAUGCAGACUUUGGAUUUAACUGAUUGAGCAGGCAAUGGAAAACUGAUCCGAGACUGGCUGCAAAUCCAUUCCCAAACUGGAUCUGGAUUAUUAAUGGUUGGGAAACUGCAUUCAUGUGGGAUUGCGUGUGCUGUUUGGAAAUGUCAUGCAAACAAUACUCCAAGUUGGAUAUUCAUGGUGAGAAACUUCGGAAGGGGUUUCCUUUAGCUGGGACAUCAUGAUCUCUUACCAGGUUAUCCCUUUGUUUCAUCUGGCCAAAUUAAGACAAUAUGCAAGAGGACUUUUUUUCUCCUGGAAACUCCUAGCAUAAUUUAAAAUGGAGUAAGAUAUUUGUUUUUUAUCUAAUUUCUUCCAAAAUAAAUUGAUCAAAACAAAGGUCAUCCACCUCAGACUGAACCUGGAGUCUCUGUGGGAGGCUUAAAUGCAACGUUAGCACUUUAGCGUCAGGUUUGGACGCAUGCUUUCAGCCACCUGAGGACCGAGGUGCAGACAGAGGCGGUUGGCUUGCCGAGUCAGCUCCAAUGGGGGCCGGUUGUGACCCGGUCUGACCCCGGUUUGACCUUGCAGUGACCUUUGACCUCUCCGGUCCUGGCUCUCCACCUGCUUUGCUGCCUGGGUUCAGGAACGCUCCGCCCUGGGGCCCAGAACGAGCCAAUCAGGAUGAAGAAGAGCCGCAGCGUGCUGUCUGUGACUGGAGAAGAGGGGAAUGACACAGAUAUCACAGGUGCAGUGGAGAAGGCGGAGUCAUCUCGCUACAGCCGAUCUUACACGUCUGGAGCCACGUUGGGGGCCGAGCUACGCAGAGGGAGGAGCAGAAGGCUGUCAUCUAGUCUCCAGGUGCCUUGCUGGCUCCGCCCUCGAGAUCGAACUCGUUCGCCAGAGAUCCUGAACAACGUUUCGCGUCCUACAACUCUUCCCCUCCGCAUUCCACCACGCAUCUCCAUCACACAAGCAGACUCCGACAGUUACGAAGCAGAAAAUGGCGUGUCACCAGGUCACACACCGCUGGGUUCUCAGAGUCCAAGCCUCACCCUGCACCCCUCCUUCCCCCAGGGCCAAAGGAGAGAGUCCUUCCUUUACCGCUCUGACUCGGACUACGACAUGUCGCCCAAGACAGUCUCAAGAAACUCCUCCCUUGCCAGCGAAGGGCACACUGGAGAGGACUUCAUUGUCACACCUUUUGCUCAAGUUCUUGCCAGUCUGCGAUCAGUACGGAGCAACUUCACCGUUCUUGCCAACGUCUCAACACCGACAGUCAAGAGGUCUCCUCUGGGUGGGGUGUGCGUCAGUCCCAGGGCGUCACUAUCAGACCAGCAGUACCAGCAGCUUGCCCUCGACACACUCGAGGAGCUAGACUGGUGUUUGGACCAGCUGGAGACCAUUCAGACACACCGCUCUGUCAGUGAGAUGGCCUCUAACAAGUUUAAGAGGAUGCUGAACCGGGAGCUGUCCCACUUGUCAGAGAUGAGUCGCUCUGGUAACCAGGUGUCUGAAUACAUCUCCAGCACCUUCAUGGACAAGCAGAACGAGGUUGAAAUCCCGUCUCCGACCCUGAAAGACAAAUCUAUGAGUCACAUCAGUGGAGUGAGGAAACUGUCUCACAGCUCCAGCCUCUCUAGCAAUUCCAUGCCUCGCUUUGGUGUAAACACGGACCACGAGGACGAACUAGCCAAGGAAUUGGAGGAUCUAGACAAGUGGAGUUUUAACAUAUUCAGAGUAGCCGAUUUCUCCAACAACAGACCUCUCAGCUGCAUCAUGUAUGCCAUCUUCCAGGAACGAGAGCUGUUGAAGACGUUUCGCAUCCCGGUCGACACCUUUUUCACUUAUGUGAUGACCCUGGAGGACCAUUACCAUGGAAACGUAGCGUACCACAACAGCCUCCAUGCUGCAGAUGUCACCCAGUCCACACACGUCCUGCUCUCUACUCCUGCUCUUGAUGCGGUCUUCACAGACCUGGAGAUCCUUGCCGCUCUCUUUGCUGCAGCUAUCCAUGACGUAGAUCACCCUGGAGUUUCAAAUCAGUUCCUCAUCAACACAAACUCGGAGCUGGCGCUCAUGUAUAAUGACGAGUCUGUUCUUGAGAACCAUCACCUUGCCGUGGGCUUCAAGCUUCUGCACCAGGAGAACUGUGACAUCUUCCAAAACCUCACCAAGAGACAGCGCCAGAGCCUCCGCAAGCUUGUCAUCGAUUUGGUGUUGGCCACAGACAUGUCCAAACACAUGACCCUGCUGGCUGACCUGAAGACGAUGGUUGAGACCAAGAAGGUGACCAGCUCAGGUGUGUUGCUCCUGGACCACUAUACAGAACGGAUACAGGUGCUGAGGAACAUGGUGCACUGUGCGGACCUGAGCAACCCCACCAAGACGCUGCCGUUGUACCGACAGUGGACGGAGAGGAUCAUGGAGGAAUUCUUUCGACAGGGAGACAAAGAGCGAGAGAGAGGGAUGGAGAUCAGCGCCAUGUGUGACAAACACACUGCUUCAGUGGAGAAGAGUCAGGUGGGCUUCAUAGACUACAUUGUCCACCCGCUGUGGGAGACCUGGGCCGACCUGGUGCACCCAGAUGCCCAGGAGCUGCUGGACACCCUGGAGGAGAACAGGGAGUGGUAUCUGAACACCAUGCCCCAGUCCCCCUCACCUCCCCCCGACAGACACCUGCAGCACGACCGCUUCCAGUUUGAGCUCACCCUGGAGGACCUCGAACACAACAACCAUAAUCACAUACACAUGAGGAGCAGCGGCGGGAGGAGUGGAACAAAAUCUAUCUGCGAUGAUGGCACUGAAGUACAUAUGAAGUAUGACAAGGUGGAACUGACAGGAGAGGCACAGAACCAUGUAGAAAUCGAGAAAGAAGACGAGGAGAAUCACAACAGCGAACAGAACGGAGUUGGAGAUGAAGAGGAGGAGGAAAAUAGUACAGGAGAUGGAGAAGGAGAACAAGGAGAUGGAGAAGGAGAAGGAGAAAGAGAGGGAGAAGGAGAACAAGGAGAUGGAGAAGAAGAAGGAGAAGGAGAAAGAGAAAGAGAGGGAGAGGGAGAAGGAGAACAAGGAGAUGGAGAAGGAGAAGGAGAAAGAGAGGGAGAAGGAGAACAAGGAGAUGGAGAAGAAGGAGAAAGAGAAAGAGAGGGAGAGGGAGAAGGAGAACAAGGAGAUGGAGAAGACAGAGAUGGAGAUGGAGAAGAAGAAGGAGAAAGAGAGGGAGAAGGAGAACAAGGAGAUGGAGAAGACGGAGAUGGAGAAGGAGAAAGAGAGGGAGAAGGAGAACAAGGAGAUGGAGAAGAAGGAGAAGGAGAGGGAGAACAAGGAGAUGGAGAAGAAGAUGAAGAGGAAGUAAAUUAUGCAGUGGAGGAAGAGGAGCCCAAAGAAGAGGAGGAAGAGGAUGAGAAAAACCAGGAAGGAGAACAAGAGCAGGAAGUGGAAGAGGGUGGUGAGGAAGGGGAAAUAAUUGAAGAGGAAGGUGCAGAAAAUGAGGAGGCAAAGGAGGAGGAAACAGAAGGUGAAAAAUCUUUAGAGAAUGAGGAGGAAGAAGAGGAAUUAGAAGGAGAAGAAGAAAGCAAGGAGGCAGAAAUGGAGGGAAAUGAGGAGGAAGAGGAGGCAGCAGAGACAAAGGAAAAUGUAGAAGAAGAGGAGGGCGAAACAGAGGAGAAGGUAGAGGAGGGGGAGGAGGAGGAGGCAGGAGAAACUGAAGAUGCUGGUGGAGAAGAAGAGGAAAAAGUAGAGGUAGAUGAAGCAGAAGAGGAGGAGGAGGAGACAGCUGAGGAUGAAGCUGAUCAGGAGGAGGUUGUAGAAGAAGAGGAGGAGGAGGAGGAAAGUUAGUUGGAAAUAUAAACAGGAAUUAUCAGGGUCAGAUAGGAAAUGUUGGGGAAUAAUGAAGAUGCCCAUAAAUGGAGCCAGGAAAGCGUCCAAAUUGUGCAGCUAGACUGUCGUGGAGGAGGUUGUAAACGAAUUGGAGAUGCACUUCCUGCUCGACUGCAGACGUCUCAAAAUAAACAUCCAAGCUCGCAGAGGAACAUUUAAAUCGGACAGUUGAGCACGGGACACAAAUGCUACAGCAUUUGCUGGAGGGUUUCAGUGUCUCGAUCAUCUGCUAGUGACAAAAGACAAGAGUCUUCAUCACCGAGUAUCUGCACAUCCAUCACUGCCGUACGGGAAUAAACUGUGGGAUCAUAAGAAGGAGGAGAAAGCUGUUUUAAAGACCUUUUGUAGCUCCUGAAAAUGAAAAAAUACCCUGAAAUUCGUACAAGCAAAUAAGUGCUACCCAUCCUGUCUGUGUCACUGUCUCGUUUGAGUAACACAAACCUGCUGACCAACAACUGUUAGAAUCUUCCUCUGUUUGUCACAAAAAGUGUAACUUCUCGUCUUGUAUUAAAUACAGGAACACCUGCGUUUUCUGGUCCAGGAACAGUUUGACCUGCUCACGUACUAACUUUGAAGCAACAUUCCUGGAUUUAAAAUAAAAACACUUCUAAGUAAUGUCUGGUUGAGAUGGAAACAUUUUGCAAUCCAGCUCAAGACGUGGAUCCUGUUCCAGUGUUGAUUUUGAUCCAUGUUUGAGGAAAAACAACACGAAGAAAACACCCAGUAUUCAUCUCAUCUCGUCACUUUUCACACCUCUUCCAGACCGUGAGUUUGAUUCCAGGAUAAAUCGUGCCAAAUCGACCUAUGACCAGCACUGAGCAAUUCAGCCGCCCUUAACAAAGGAGGCUACUCGUUUGUGAAGCAAUGAACUGUGGGACCAGGGUUAAUGGUUGUGAUGGUCUUCCACUUAUCCCAUGUUUUUUGUUUUGUUUAGUUUUUGUAAAAAAAAAAGAAGAAAAAAAUAGGUAUUUGGCACUUUAUCCGACACCCCUGUUACAUAUAUGUACAUAAAAACAUGUAUUUUAAUCUGCUGAUGUCAUAUAAUAAAUCUGUUCAAUUGA